UUUUAGCAUUUUCAUCUAAAGAUGGAUAUCUAACAAAACGAAAAAAAGGUAGUUAUUAUCGAAUAUAUGUAUCAAAAUGAAUCGAUUAAUCCUAUGUGGAUGUGUGAUUUAUUAUUUCGCGAAAUUGAUGUCAUUAUAAGGUUUUUCGAAUUUCCGAAUUUUAUACUGGAAAAGUGAUCAUGUCUGUUGCGAAUCGCUUACGACGAAUGCAUAAGCAACCACCAGAAGGAUGGGAUUUGAUUGAGCCAACAUUAGAUGAAUUCGAAGCGAAGAUGCGUGAAGCCGAAACAGAUCCCCAUGAAGGAAAACGUAAGACAGAAACCCUUUGGCCUAUUUUCAAGAUACAUCAUCAGCGAUCGAGGUAUAUUUAUGAUUUAUAUUACAAACGACAAGUAAUCAGUAGAGAAUUAUAUCAGUUUUGUUUGGAUACGAAAUUGGCUGAUGAGAAAUUGAUAGCUAAGUGGAAGAAACAAGGAUAUGAGAAUUUGUGUUGUUUACGAUGUAUUCAAACGAGGGAUACUAAUUUUGGCACCAACUGUAUAUGUCGUGUACCAAAGAGUAAACUAGAUGUGGGCCGCGUGGUAGAAUGUGUCCAUUGUGGAUGUCGAGGAUGUUCGGGAUGAUUGAAAAGUUUGAAGUUAACUUCAUACAGCUAGACUUAUGUUUAUAAGUUCCGUAUAACAUAUUUCAAGGAAAAAAGGAGACUGUUAUUCAUAUGUGCAGGUGGAACUGUUUAUAAUUAGUUAUCAGCAAAAAGAAAAAAAACUCCAUUAUGCAUUUUCGAAAUGGGUAAAAAGAUAGGACUAUUUUGG